AUGUCAAAUUCUACUACAAUGGGAUUGUUGAUAAUGUCAAAUCCAGUAUUCGAAUGUUACGCAUUUUACGGCUGUAUUCUCAUUUUAAAAACAAUUGCUAUGUCUUUUAUAACUGCGUUUCAGCGAAUGAAGAAAAAAGUAAGGCACAAUAUGCGUAGUUUAGUUCACUGACAGAUCCAGGAAGGGGAUUGAUAGAGUCGAUCACCCCCCCUCCUCGUUCACUCUCUAAUAUACUCUUAGCUGCAUUUUGCUCAUAGCUUAAUUCAUCAUUAAACUCUUAAUAAAUGCGUGUAUUAAAUUAAUUUUUAGAAUCUCCAACCCUCCCCUCCCCGGCUAUUUAGACUUAGAUCUGCCCCUAAUUUAGUUGUUAUAUUUUGUUGGUUCGUUAUAAUAAUGACUAACAUUUUAAAUUUAUCUAUAAUAAAUCAUGAUAAAAUAAGAUAAUUUGUACAAAGUGCUUCAAAUCUCUAUUUCUUUAUUCGAUGCAACAAAUUAAACUUACAGGUGUGCAUGAAUCCAGAAGACGUCGUACUAAGGCAGGGAGCUGAAGUUAAAUUUGACGAUCCUGAUAUCGAAAGAAUAAGACGGUAAAGUAAUAAUUUAAAUACGUUAAUACAAAAUGGCAUGCAAAUAAUAUACAAUAUUCAAAUCGUUUUGAUUAUUGUUGUUUUUAGUGCGCACUUGAACGAUUUGGAAAAUAUUCCUAUCUUUUUGAUAACUGGAUUACUUUUUGUGACUAGUAACCCUCCAGAAAUGUUGGCAAACAAUUUGUUCAGAAUAUAUACUUUGGUAAGAAUAAUGCAUACGAUUUCGUAUGCCAUACUUGUAUUACCCCAACCUACAAGAGCAAUUUGCUUUUUAUCGGGAGUUUUCAUAAAUAUAAUAAUGAUAGUUUGCGUUAUAUUGAAUAUGCGUCAUUUGUAAAUUAUAUUUAUGCUAUCAAAUUUGUUUCUUUUGUAAUUCCGUUUUUUUAAUAUUUAUAUUAGACAUUAGUUGGUUCUAAUAACUACGAGAAUUACGAGAUAUUAUGCAUUCUUUUUGUUUAUGUUUUAUUAGAUAUUGAAAAUGUGGUCAGGUCAUUAUAG